AUGUAUAUCCGAGGUUUCCGCAUUUAUUUAAGUCUUACUAUUGACGAAUUAUCAAAAUUAUUACAUUUUUUAGAACCACCUAAACGUACAUUAUAUGAGAUUUUAUGUCAAAACAUUUAUUGUAAAUUAUAUUUUGAUGUCGACAUAUAUGUAACAAAAUCUUUAUCAUUAAAUAUUCAUGAAUCACUUAAAAUUUUACAAACUUUAUUUCAUGUUGUUAUUGCCAACUGUACUAAUGAAUUUACAAAUCAUUCAACAUCAAUUGCCGGUCAUUUUCUUGUUUUAACUGCAUCGACAGACUUAAAACAUAGUUAUCACUUAAUAUAUACCAAUACAUUUGUACGAUUUCAAUCGCAACAAACUGUCUUUAAGUUUAUUACAACGGUAUUAUAUCAUUGUUCACAUUUUAUUCGAUCCCAUUCAUGUCAUCAAAAUUUAUUGAAAUCAAUUAAUACACAUACAGAAAAAAAUUUGAAUAAUUGUCUUCAAGAUUUACAAACCAUUUUAAGUCAUACAAAUUUCUGUAACUGUAUAAUACCUACAACUGCUAUAACUUGCAAUAAUUUCCAAAAGCAUCUAUAUAAAAGUACUUCAAUGUUUUCCUAG